UGUGACGGGCCCCGUCAGCAGCCGCCGCAUCCCCCUUCUCGCUGGAUCCGAGCCACGGCGCCCCCCCGCCCCCGGCUCGGACCUGUUGCCCGCUCCGCACCGGGAGCCCGGGGCCGGGGCCCCCCACCAGGCCGGCGCCGCGGGACUAGGGACUUUCCCGGCCGCCGCAUACGGCGGAGCUCGGCCAGCUGGGGGGGGCCGCUCGGAGCGGAGCUGAGAACCCGCUGAGGACCAGUAACCGGCCAGGGAUCGGCCGCUGGGGACCAGUAACCAGCCACUGGGACCAGUAACUGGCCAGGGAUUGGCCGCUGGGACCAGGGAUCGGCCACUGGGGACCAGUAACCAGCCAAGGAUCGGCCACUGGGACCAGUAACCGGCCAGGGAUCGGCCGCUGGGGACCAGUAACCAGCCACUGGGACCAGUAACUGGCCAGGGAUUGGCCGCUGGGACCAGGGAUCGGCCACUGGGGACCAGUAACCAGCCAAGGAUCGGCCACUGGGACCAGUAACCGGCCAGGGAUCGGCCGCUGGGGACCAGUAACCGGCCAAGGAUCGGCUGCUGGGACCAGGGAUCGGCCACUGGGGACCAGUAACCAGCCAAGGAUCGGCCGCUGGGACCAGUAACCGGCCAGGGAUCGGCCGCUGGGGACCAGUAACCGGCCAAGGAUUGGCCACUGGGGGCCAGUAACCGGCCAGGGGUCGGCCGCUGGGGGCCAGUAACCGGCCAAGGAUCGGCCGCUGAGACUAGGGAUCGGCCACUGGGGACCAGUAACCGGCCAAAGAUCGGCCGCUGGGGACCAGUAACCGGCCAAGGAUCGGCCGCUGGGGACCAGUAACCGGCCAGAGAGCAGCCGCUGGGGACCAGUAACCAGCCAGGAACCAGUAACUGGCCAGGGACCAGCCACUGGGGACCAGUAACCGGCCAGAACGGUCCUGGGGGGCUCGGGGGUCCCAUGGAGCCGGCUGCUCCGUCUCCGGGCCCCGCGGCCGCGCUGACAGUCAUGGACCCCUCGGUGACGCUCUGGCAGUUCCUGCUGCAGCUGCUGGAGCAGCAGAGCAACGGGCACCUGAUCGCCUGGACGUCGACCGACGGCGAGUUCAAGCUGGUGGACGCCGAGGAGGUGGCCCGGCUCUGGGGGCUGCGCAAGAACAAAACCAACAUGAACUACGACAAGCUCAGCCGUGCCCUGCGCUACUACUACGACAAGAACAUCAUCCGGAAGGUCAACGGGCAGAAGUUUGUCUAUAAAUUCGUCUCGUACCCAGAGCCAUCCGGCGUGGAGGGGGCCCGGGAGGAAGGGACACUCCGGCAGGUGGAGCCAGCCCUGGCCGACUCCCAGCUGGGGGAUGGGAGCCCUGGGCCCCCCAAGUCCCUGCGUGGCGGGGGUGUCCCCCGGAGUAGUCGUAACGAGUACAUGCGCUCGGGUCUGUACUCCACCUUCACUAUCCAGUCGCUGCAGGCACCCCCCCCCGGGCGAGUGCCCCGCCAGGACCCCCCAGCUCUCUGCAGCGAGCCCUCAGGGCCCCACGACCUGCCCCCCGGGGAGAUGGAGGAGAUUCCCCAGCUGGAGAUCAGCAUCGAAGGAGCAGACGUGAGCGAACCCCUGCAGGUCUUUGUGGCACCGGAGCCCCUGGAUGCAGAGCACCCCCACCAAGAGGACACACCUCAGCGGGACCCCGGGCUGCGGCCGGUGGUGGUGAAAGUGGAAGCGCAGGGGGAUGCUGAGGGGUCCCCGCUCCUGGUUCUGAUCGACUCGGGGGUGAAGCAGGAAGCCCCGCCCACCGAGGAGGCUCCCAGGGGGACGGAGGUGGAGCCUCCAGCGGGGGCGGCGCCUCAGGAGGAGAAGGGGGAGGGGGUGCCUGGGGGGGCCCCCAGCGAGGGACAUGGCCCGAAGGGGCGGAAGCCCAAGGACCUGGCGCUGCCCUCCCUGCCUGGGCAGGAGAAGAUCAGCGCGGCCAGUGGCUCCCUGCUGGCGCCUGGCGGGGGAGCGGGCAGCGGGCUAACGCCCACCACCGUGAUCUCCACGCACGCACUAACCCCAGUCCUGCUGACCCCCAGCUCCCUGCCACCCACCAUCCACUUUUGGAGCACCCUGAGCCCCAUCGCCCCGCACAGCCCCGCCAAGCUCUCCUUCCAGUUUCCCUCUAACUCUGGCGGGCAAGUCCACAUCCCCUCGCUGAGCAUGGAUGGACUCUCCACUCCGGUCGUGUUGUCCCCGGGGCCCCAGAAGCCGUGAGUCCAGAUGUCCGUCCAUCCAUCCAUCCGUCUCUCUCUGCUUCUCGCGGAGCUGGCUGGGGGAGAGUGCCCAUUCUGCACCAGGAUUCUUGUCCCAGCCUUGCAGGACUAUUUACCAGGGCGGCUGGAUACAUCUGUGUCCUGCUUCGGGCAGAGAGUCCUGCUUGGUGUCAGCAGUGGGAUGCGCCUGCUGGCUCGUUUAAAAUGGGAGCCGGAGCACGCCGCCAUUCCGCCCCUAGGGGGUGCAAUGUGGGACAUUCCCCUUGAUGCUUGCUCGGCCUUGAGCUGCACCCCCUGACACACACACAGUUCCUGGGGCCUUGCAGCUCUGACCCCAUUUUUCUGGGGUCGUUGUGUUUAUUCCCAGCCCUGGUGGCUCAGGGUGUAUUUUCGACGUGGAUGGAUACGUCCCCUGGGGACUUGGAGUGUGAUUUGGCUGCUAGUUGUGGGGCUGAUUUUAUUUAUUACCCAGGGCCUCCUGGCCCUGGUUUGAAACCCUCUAUGGGUAGCCUUUGUCAGCCCUCCCCAUGCCAUGGCCACCUCGGAGCUCCGCUUUGUGCGGGCUCUACGUCGGCCAUCUUUGUUUUGAAAGGGUAGCAGUGUUGGCCAUGUUUGCUGUGGCUGGAUGGGGGGGUGUGUGUGUGCGUGUGUCGGCCAUCUUUGUUUGCUGACACCACACACGGCAUUCAUCCCCGAGGUUCCGAUGGAGGAAGAAGUCCUGCUCUCCGCUUCUUGUUCCUUGAUUUACUUCCUAGAGGUCAAAGGUCACCUCCUUGAGUCUCCUAGAAGUGGCAGAUGGAGGAAGUCCCGCCCUAGUUCCCUCCUGAAGGUCGAAGGUUACCUGUUCGUCACCAUGGAAAUGGCCGAGAGGGAAGUCCCACCCGCUGAUUUCAGGGGCCGUUUCCCUCCUUGCAAAGCCUGUUUCCUUGAUUUAUUUCCUGACGAUCAAAGGUCACCAUGAAAAUGGCCACAGAGGAGUCCCAUCCCUCACACAUUUCAUAGGGAGGAUUUCUUCAUUUGCCUCCCAUUUGUUGCCUGGGAAAUGACAGCAGAGGAAGUCCUGCCUUUUCAGGACAGUCGUCCUCUUGUUUCCUCCUUUGACUUCCUGCUGGCCCUUGAGCACCUCUUGUGCAGCCAUGGAAAUGGCAAAGGAGGAAGUUCUGCCCUGUUUCCACUCUGCUACUUCCUGUUCAAAGGGUGCUGAUUCUGGGGAAGAGCCAAAGGAGGACGUCCCGCCUUAUUAACCUCUCAUCUACUUCCUGUGAAUCAAAGGCCACCUAUUCUGUGGAGGUGGCAAAGGAGGAAGUCCCACCCUUUUCACUGCUAUUGACUUCCUGUUAGUCCCACAAGGCCUGCACUGCAUCAUAUGGGAAAGGGCGGCCUUGUCUUCUUGUUUUGAUACCAACAUUUUCUGGGGCUGUGAGCUUCUUGCUCGAGAUAUAGAUCUAUAUUUUUGUGGGGCCAUCCCAAGGGGCUGGAAUUUCCGAAUGUCAUUUAUUUAGCACCCCACAGAAUUCCUGGCUCCUUUCUAUUUUUCAGAGAGUAUAUUGAAAUUAUUGAGCUAUGUGCAUUGAUCAUAUACAAACCUACGGGACUCGGUGGUAAUUACCUGCCAAGGCCGUCUUUUUUAAUAUAUAAAAUGGUUCUAUUUUUGAACGGGGAAGGGGGGGGCUUUUACAACAGAAGUGAGGGAAUUGGAAGGGGGGAAGUGAACUCCCUGGAUUUAGGGGAGGGAUUCACAGAGCGAUUGGAGGCAGUAACACAGUGAUGAGCUCUGAAUUUCCGUCUCCAUGGUGUAGAUCGGGGAAUACUGUCGCUUCUGGCAUUAAUGGAGCAGGACUCCUGUGUCUGGAAAGGUGGCGUCAGCUGAAUGGGGGUGGGAGGGGGGUGUAACUGGUUGGCAAUUGUUGGCUGUGGCCUGGUUGUCUCGCUAAUUGGCCAACAGACACCUUUGUGCUUGAAAGGCAGUGUCGUCCGCCUCUCUGGGGUGACCCACCUCCUUCCCCUCAGGGUGCUUUUGAACUGUCGUAAUCAUGCUGGUUUGCACUGGCAAGGCCCUUCGGCUCUGGCUGUCUCCACCCGGUGCAUCAGGCACUUUGGAUGACCUGUGAGACACUGGCGAGGCACCCAGGAGCGGCUUCAUGGAGACCGAGCUGGGCCGAAUCCAUGCAUGAGCCAUGGCUGAGCCUAGAGCCAAGCACGGGGAGGCCAGGAGGCUGCCGGGAAAUGAGCUCCGGUGAAGCCCCAGCUGAGACACACUAACAAUGAGUCGCACACAUGGUACUGUGAGGCCAACAUGGAUGAGCCAUGAAUAAAACACAUGCAAUACGUGAGUAAACUACGAGAAGCACACGCGUAAACCAUGGGUCAAUCACGUGUGAAAUAGGGGAAAGUCAUGAGUAAGCCAUCUGUAAACCACAUCUAAACCAUGUGUAACCCAUGAGUAAACCACAAGUAACCCAUAAGCAGAACAUGUGCUGCCGUGUGUCGGCCGUGAGUGGACCCCACGUGCUCUCUCUGCCGGCACGCCGGGUUUUCAGAGCUGUUCUCUGCUGUGGGGGAGAGAUCCUGGCCCUAUUUUUACCCCCCACGCCUCCCCCAUUGGGAUCGCCAGCUGCUGCACCCUGGCAUGCCCUCCGUCCCGAAGGUGCAAUGUGGGGGGGUUGAGCUGUUUAGCUUCCUGUGGGGCAAGGAUGGAGCAGUUUGGGGGGCAGUGGCCGGGAGGGCCAGUGGGGACCUGGGCCUAGCUGGCAACUGAUGUGGCUUGGAGAUUUCCAGCCUGGGGAAUUUAUCUAACCAUGUAUUGCACACUAUGGUAGGAUCCCAGGCUCCAAUCCAGAAUGGGGAGUGGAUCCCAGGAUCCCACCAUGGUGUGUGAGAGUGGAUCCCGGGGUCCUACCAUGCAGUGUGGGAGUGGAUCCCAUUAUUCAACCGUGCUGUAUGGGAGUGUAUCCUGGGAUCCCACCACGAUGUGUGUAAGUGGAUCCCAGGAUCCUACCAUGCAGGGUGGGAGUGGAUCCCAUGAGCCUGUCAUGCAGCAUUGCAGUGGAUCCUGGGAUCCCACCACACUCUGUGAGAGUAGAUCCUGGGAUCCCAGGUACCAUGUGGGAGCUGAUGCUGGGAUCCUGUU